CCCGGCCACCGGCUUCACCCUUUCAUUUGUUCGCAGGCUAAAAUAUUGUUUAUUUUGCCAUGGACCCUUCACGUUUUUCUUAUUUAUAACAAUAUAAUGAUUUAAAUUGUAGAAUGUAGACGAUUAAAGAUAAACAAUUGACUUCAGACUCAUGCAUGUCAUCAGCAGCACUGUGAAUUCUAUGAUAAGCAUGAUCUAGCCUUGGUGUAGUUCUGUUGUAAAGACUAUAGAUUUUCUACUAAAUAAAUUGAAUGGAUACAGUCUCAACUAGAGUGUAGAUCCACACACAAAAAAAAAAUAAACAAAAAAUGGCUCAACAAAAUGGUAACUCCAACAUCCGUCGUUGUGGAAGCUUAGUCCGGCCAAGUCGUGCAUCCCUUGAGAAUGAAGAGGAUAGUGAUGAUUGUGUUUCAAUGGAUGAUUUUCUAAGUGAACAAGAAAGACUUCAAGCUGACGCUGAUGCUGUUCUAGGUGGGAGUGAUGAAAAUAACUGCACAUACCCUAAGGGUUAUCUUCAGCGUCAAGCUUUGUACUCGUGCUCAACCUGUACUCCUGAAGGCAACGCAGGUGUAUGCUUGGCCUGUAGCUAUGCUUGUCAUGAAGGACAUGAACUUUAUGAACUCUACACCAAAAGAAAUUUUUCCUGUGAUUGUGGCAAUGAAAAAUUUACAAACAAUCCAUGUCAGUUGUUUAAGGCGCCAAAAGGAUUGAAUGCAAGGAAUCGUUAUAAUCAAAAUUUUCGUGGCUUGUAUUGCUCAUGCUCAAGGCCCUACCCAGAUCCUGAAGAUAAAAUUGAAGAUGAAAUGAUACAAUGUAUUCUUUGUGAAGACUGGCAUCAUGGCAGGCAUCUUAAUGUGACAGUGCCAGAUGACUUUGAAGAAAUGAUAUGUCCUAGUUGUAUGUCUAAAUUUUCAUUUCUCUGGCUGUAUGCAAGUAAUAUCAAAGAUGAAGUUAUUGCUAAGGAGACAGAUAAUGUUGUAGUAGUUGAUGAGGAGCCAGCUACAACAAAAGAAGAAGUUGAUUUAUUUGUCCAGUCUCAGAAGAGAAGCAGGCCUGAAGAGACAGACAAAAAUUCUCUCCACGAGGCUGCUUCAAGUAAAAAAGCCAAACUAGAUGACAGCCUAGGGACCGAAGUCUGUUUGCUGAAGACUUUACAGAACACAACUACUGACUGUCCAGAUCAAGCAGUAUUCUGGAAGGCAGGCUGGAGAAGUAAACUGUGUCGCUGUACCUCAUGCAUGGAUAUGUACAAAGACAAAACUAUCGAGUUUAUCAUUGAUGAGACAGACACAGUACACUCCUAUGAGGAAAAAGGUCGCUCCAGUUCAGCUUCAAGGGCAAGCGAACCAGUAGAUGUGACGGAUGCUCUGAAAGGGAUGAACAGAGUACAGCAAAUAGAAGUUGUUCAAGGUUUUUUGGAUUUAAAGAGUGAAUUGAAUGAGUUUCUCCAAGGCUUUGCCAGGGAUCAAAAGAUUGUGACUGAAUCAGACAUUCGAGAGUUCUUCCAACGCAUGGAUAGCCGGCGCAAAGAACGUCUGCAUCUGCCCCAAGACAACUGUAGAUAAUAUGGGUCAAGUAUAUUCUUCCAUGGGUUCAGUGUUUAGUUUGUUUCAUCGGGAAUGUUCCAUCCAUUACUCAAAGAAUAAACAUUAUUUUAACAUCUA